AUGAGGAGGGGAGACGCCGGCAGGCAAGAGCACAGCGCUCCGCCCGUCGGGGCCACAAAUAUGGCCGGGUCGGGCCAGGCCGAGGGCUCCGCCACCGCUGACAGGAACCAGCUGCUGCCAACGGAACGCGCCCAACAGCCUCCUCAGGCACCACCCUGCGCCUGCGCGGCCGCCGAGAGAAAUUACCACCUGGGCUUAAACUUAGGUGUCUACUACAAAGCCUUCAACGUAGAAAACAAGCAGCUGGAAGAGAGGAAAGAGCUCAGUGACACCCUGGAGGCAAUUAGGGUCAGCACCCAGAAGCUGCAGUUCCACAUCUUCCACGUGUGGCGGUUCUACAACUUCACCCAAAUGCAGAAAGCAUCCGACUCCUUCCUCCUGGAGUCCAACUACAUCAACUGGUGGUUGAUGGUUCAGAGCUGUGCCAUUUUCCUCUCCCAGGUGCUGCAGCUCUAUUUCUUGAAGCGUCUGUUCAAGCAGAAGUACUAG